UUGACCAUAACUUUUGAAUGGUUGUUGAUUUGGUUUCAUAUUCCACUUCUUGUGACAAGGUCUUCUGUUUGGCACCAUUAAUUUUUACUUUGACAUUUAAGGUUCACUUUGCUUUUGAAAAAAAACUAUUUUCCCCAUUACUGUUGAAAAGUUCUUGCAAGGGCUUUCAUAAUUCACAUUUUAUUCCUUGAGUCAAAACUUUUCCUUUGUUAACAAUGUUUUUGAUCCCUUGACUUUGGCAUUUGACUUGUAUUUGUCAUAAGCUGCCACUCAGGGGCAUCAGUGUUUCAAAAACACAUAAAACCUGAAUAAAUGUUGCAUCUAUAUAAGGAUACAGUCAUUACCCGAAUAUUUGUUUGGUGCCUAAUUUAAAAGAUUACAUUCCUUGAAUUGAACAUUGUAAUUUUUUUUAUCAUAUACCUAUGUUUUAACUAGCUGUAGUGUCCCCAGAAAGAGUUAUAGUAGAACAGAAGGGACAAUCAGAGGUGCAGCUGUCCUGGUUUGGGUUGGAGAGGGAGGCCAUUGUUGCUACUGAUGUGGUGUGGUGCAAAGUCAAACCAGCAGUGCUGCAGUGUCAGGAUGAAAUACAUAUACUUAGAAGACUGGGGAAUAUGAAUCACACAGUUCUGAAGGCAGACAUGAUUAGUCAAGCUCUGGAUGAUGUCAUAUUUGGUGUGGCAGCCAUCAAUGAUAAGAAUUUUAGUAGUGGAAUUAAAUGGCAGGAGGAAUGCAGAUAUGUGAAGGAUGCAGUGCCCUCACCUGUGGAUGAUGUGUCCCUCCUCCCUGACCCUCCUAAAAACAGCCUGGUGGUGACCUGGAAUCCCCUCAGAUGUGAGUCAGGGUCCUCAGAUAACGCAUACAUCAAGACGUACCGGAUCAUCUACUGCCAGUUGAAUACACAAGAAUCCUGUAAAGACAGGGAAUAUUCUGUGAGUGUUCCUGCAGAUAGUACCACACAGUACACACUAAGAGACUUAGAGGCAGACAUAGAAUAUGGUGUGCUGGUACAAGCCAUGUCACUCACGAAGGAGGGGCGUAGAAGUAAAAUGGUGACUGGACGACCUACCAAUAAUGAUUUACCAGGGGGAUCAAUAGCAGCCAUUGCUAUCGGAGGAAUAUUUGUUCUUAUACUUGUCAUUGCAGGAAUCGUGUUUGUUUGCAGACUCUUUAGACGUAAAUUAGGUCUGGAUGAAAAAUUUGAAAUAGAAAAUAUACAAGUUAGGCCCUAUGAAAAUCUGCCCACUGGAAGCAAUUUGUAUAACAACUUCACCGUACCAGCUGACAGAUCCAGCUCACCCCUCAUCACACCUAAUGGAAUGUCAUCAAAUGGAGAUAUUAGACAUAAUGGAGUAAAUCACAGUUAUGAAGACAUCUUACCAGUAGGAUCCACAGUGGACCUUGACGAGGAAGAUGGGAGUGGGGAACCAAAGGACUCCAAACCCGACCUUAAAUCCAGCAUGGUAACGUUACCAAUCACGGAUGUUCCACGGCAGAUCAGUAAGGACAGCGGUCAUGGAAGCCUGUCCCCCACGUCAACUCGCGGCCCACCUGAAGAGUCUGACAAAAAAGAGCGAAUUCUGAGAGAUAUUAUAUUGGACCUUCCUCCCGAUUAUGCAAAGGCAACGUCAGUUACCACCCAAUGUGUGCAUGGAUAUGAGAAAGGUUCCUUUGAUACUGAGGACAGUUUCCCCCCUGAUUCCCGAGGAACAUACAAGGAUAGUUUAUGUUCCUCUUCACAGUCUGGUGGCAUUCCAGUAGAAGAUGGAUACAAGAGUGAGGCGGACAUCUUACAAGACAACAAUGACAAACAACAAAUUGAAGAAUCCUCCAAGAAGUGCCCAGAAAACAAUGAAGUGGUGAGGAAUGAAGUUGAGCAGACAUCAGGUUAUGUGAUGUACUCAUCUAAUGAUACAGAAAUGACCAUAGGAAGCCAAAUCACCAAUGUCCAACCUAGGAAAACCCUUCCUUCAUAUGACAAAACACAGACCACCACUGGUCACCAACCACACAAUGUCCAAUCUACUGAGACCGCCAUGGAAAACCAAAUCAACAUUGUCCAAGCUGAAACCACCACUCCUACAUGUAAUAUUACACAGACCAACCAAGCACACCAACCAUACAAUGUCCAAUUUAAGAAUACUGUUCCCAACAUUACAAAGACCAUCUCUACAAACCAACCCAACAGUGCUAAAAAUCAGUGUAGCAAGCUACAGAGUUCAGCUGUUGAUCAGCUGAAUAAUGACCAAUCAAAUGAUGGAACAGAAAUUAAACAAGAGACAGAUAUGUGCCAAACUGGAAGAAAACCAAGUUCACUUGGAUACCAUUCCAACAGAACACUGGAUACAGAGCACCGGACCACUGAGAUGGGUUCUGGUCCACAGCUGCUAACAGCCGAAUCAGAACAGUUUACACACUACCUCCCGCAUAAUACAAAUUUUGCAGAACUUGCUGCCUCUCAUAAUGAUAAAGAAAAUUCCUUGAUUUCCAAUUGUGCAGCUGGUAAUGCAAAUGAUCUUUCUGUGAUGAAUUUUGAUUAUGUCCCAAAUGGGACAUCAGAUCCAUUGCCUAAUGGCAAAACAAGUCAUUUAUCUGAUGGUACAUCCGAUAUUGUGCCAAAAGAUACCAAAACUUUCUCUGGGAUGAAUUAUGUACCUACCUAUGUUCCAGAUGAUACAGCUGAUAAUAUUCCCAGUGUUACAAAACAUGUGCCAUGUAGUCCAGCAGGACAUGUGUCAAAUGGUACAACUGACGAUGUGCUAAGUGAUGCAACAGGAUAUGUGCCAAAUGGUGCUACAGACUAUGUACCAAAUAGUACAAUAGACUAUGUAUCAAAUGGUGCAACAAAUUAUUUGCCAAAUGGUGCAACUGACUGUGUGUCAAACGGUGCAACAGAUUAUGUGUCAAAUAGUACAAGUGAUUAAUAUCUGCCCAAUGGUACAAGUAUGUGCCUCUAGAUCAUUGGACAAUGAAGAACAACUUCGUUCUGAUACAUUCCAAUUCUCAGGCCAGGUCACAAUCACAACAUAGCUGGUUAUUCAUCUAUAUGUUGAGUUUCCUCCACAGUACCACAGUAUGAUUAUCAAAAAAGUAAAAAGAAAGUGGUUCCAUUGAUUGUCAAAAAAAAAUAAUGUGAAUGG